GUGUGAUACGCGCUGUAGUCGCGGUCCCAUCGCCGAGUGGUCCGCCGUCUUCCCCGGCCCGCACUGUCAGCUACAUCUUUUUAUCACAACAUUUUAUUUUUAUUUUUCCAUAUUUUCUUGUGCGUAUUGCAAUCUUUUUGAGUGUGUUAUUAAGUAAAUUCCGCCAAACAAUAUCCCUUCACCUAAAUAUCGGAAUAAUAGACGAUGCAUGGGAUUUCAGUUAAAGUUAAUUCAUACAGUUAGUGGUAGAUAUGAACUUCUCAUAAUCAGAGAAGUAAGAAACUCAACUCCACUAAAGCAAGAUAUCCAUGUCAAAAAAUUCAACUACCAAUGCUGUAGCCGAGGAGGGCAAAAGUUGUAAUAAAUUAUUUUUAUCAGCCGGUCAUUGAUGAAACUAACCUAUGCAUUUCCUCAGUUAUCCAUUUUGUUCUCCUUAUUCUCUGGACGCCUAAUAAUAUGCGACCCGGAUAGAAUAAAAAAAUCGAAUUUUAUUUUAGAUUCAAAAGGUUGGUUAAGACGUUGGUCGCAGACCAUCGAUUAUUAUCUGUAAUAAAUUAUUCAUCAGAAAAAAAUUUAAUUUUUCUAUCAAUGAUGGAACGUAAUAGACAGUAUUAGAUAAAAAACAGAUCAUUUUCUAAUAAUUCAAUUGAUGGAAAAUAUUACUACAGCGAACGACGAAAGGCAUUCGUCAUGGACGCAAGACAUUGGAAACGAAAACGAAGAAUACGACGAUUAUUUAGGAGACUUAAUGGGAAGGCUAUCAAAGAGUCGAGAAAAAGAAUGUGCAGUCAAACGAGUUUCGUUGCAAAUCGAAGCUAUGCCAUGUGGUAUAGUCAACAUUCAUGAAGAAGAGGAUGAAAAUGAUAACAAUGAAAAUGAGCAGAAACUGAAGAUACCAGACGGCGGUUGGGGUUGGAUGGUAGUGUUUGCAUCGUUGAUGAUAUGUCUCAUAUCAGAUGGUAUAAGUUUCUCAUUUGGCCUGCUGUACAUUGAGUUUCUAAAAGAAUUCAAGGCAAGUAAAUCGAAGACAUCAUGGAUUGGCAGUCUGUUCAUGGCUGUACCUCUUAUACUAGGCCCUGUUGGUAGUGCUUUAGUCGAUAAAUUUGGCUGCCGAAAGAUGACCAUUGUUGGAGGUAUUAUAUCUGGUGUCGGGUUCAUCAUUUCAUCGUUUGCUAAUUCUAUCGAAAUGGUGUUUUUCACGUUUGGUUUUCUAUCUGGCUUAGGUCUAUGUCUAUGUUAUGUCACUGCCGUGGUCAGUAUAGCCUAUUGGUUCGAUAAAAAGCGUACAUUGGCUACCGGGUUAGGAGCAUGUGGUACCGGACUAGGGACCUUAUUGUACACGCCCUUGACCCAGUAUUCGAUUGAAGAAUAUGGAUGGCGUGGAACUGUGUUACUAUUAGCAGGUACGUUUUUUAACUUUUGCGUUUGUGGUGCAUUAAUGCGAGACCCCGAUUGGCUGGUUGCCGAACAAAAAAAGUCUAUAAACGAGUCAAAACCAUGGGCAACAACUGAAGAAUCAAUUGUAGAUCAUUUGGCAAUUGACAGUGAUAACUAUGUACCGAAAAUCAUAGAUUCUCAAAAUACCGGGGUAGAGAAAUAUAGGAGACAAGUAAAAGAAGCACAAACAGCGGAGUAUAAACUAACAGGAGUUUCCACAACAAUUCGGAGGCCAUCUGAUUUAGAAAAUAUCGAAUCAACGAAUUCUAAUAAUUGCUUUAGAUCAGUCAUAAAUUUACCCACAUAUGUCAAACACAAUGAAAAGGUCCCAUUUGAAGUACUCGAGUCGUUAAGUUCGAACAAGCGGUUGUUCAAUGUUAUCUUGGAAAAUUAUCCUAACCUAUUACUGUGCCGAAGUAAUAGCGUUUAUCAACUUAACAGAUCAUCGCCAAAAGAUGGUAACUAUAAUGAAUCAACAAGCAAGAGUGAUCAGCAAUCAGGAACCCCACCAUUGGUUAUGACAAUGAAACUAAAGCAAUCCAAGAAGAAUAGCUUAAUGGGUUCAGGCGCUAUGUUACCAUUAGAAUCGCAAAUUACUUCUCCACCACAAACUUACACGACUUAUAACAGUCCUGAUCGACCAUUUAAGCCGAUGUUAAAACGUCAGUUUAGCAGCAUACAAUCAAGUUAUUUGAAAAGCCUUCCAUAUCAUAGGAGUUCAGUUAUGUACAAAGGUGCACUAUUGAAUAUUCAAAGAAACUUUAAGAAAGCUGCUUCGUGUCCCGACAUUUAUAAUAAUUCUACUUUGACCAUCAUGAGUGAACCAAAUUCGAUCUUGCACAGAAAUAGUAUCGUCAAAGUAAUUAGUCAGUUGUUGAAUAAACGCGAAAAUAAUGUACAAAAGGUUAGGCGAAAACGAUCUUAUUUUCAGCCAAACUCUAUGAAAAAGGAAUGGUACGCAGAAGUAAAAGAACUAUUCAGUGGUAUACUGGAUUUCAGUAUGUUUUUGGAGCUUCAUUUUUUACUGCUUUCUUUAUCAACUAUACUUCUUUUCACUUGGUUCAUUGUGCCUUACUUUUAUCUAACUGAUUUUGUCAUGGCACACGGUCUCACUGAAACUCAAGCAACAACAAUAAUUAGUACUAUUGGCGCUACAAAUACAGUUGGAAUGAUUUUACUCGGUUGGGCUGGUGACUAUCCUUGGAUGAAUGUAACUAAAGUGUAUGCAAUUUGUUUGAUCGGCUGUGGUGUAUGUUGUGCAAUAAUGCCACUAUUUAUUUCAAGUUUCUGGUCACUCAUGGUAAUUGGUGCUACGUUUGGAUUAUUCUUUGCUUCAAAUUUUUCGUUCACUCCAGCAAUCCUUGUGGAACUUAUACCUUUAGAUAGAUUCACAACAGCUUACGGUUUGAUGUUAUUAUGUCAAGGUAUUGGCAACCUUUUAGGACCGCCAUUAGCAGGAUGGGUUUCUGAUGUAACAAGAGUUUGGGAUUAUUCGUUUUACUUAGCUGGUAUUUGGAUCGUUAUUUCUGGUAUUUUAAUUGGACUUAUACCGUACACAAAAAAUCGACUUUUAUGGGGCGCUGGACGUCUGGAGAACGAAAGGGAAAGCAUAAGAUCAUAAACUUUAAAAAUAUAGCGUACAUAUUAUUCUAUAUCUUUGAUUAACUACUAAAAAUAUAGUAGACCUUAGAUUGGUCUGUUAGAGUGUAUUUAUUUUUUGUAACAAAUUGUGAUUUGAUUCUAUUAUAGAUUUUUUAAAUAAUCACGACUCAUUAUCCAUGAGCUAUAUUAGAAAAAUCUAAUUCUAUCAUUUUAGAAUGAUGCUCUAUUAUGUUGAGUUGGUAUCACCAAAACCGAAUUUGAUGUAUUAGUCUUGAGAAAUUUUGAAUUUCCCAACAUCUUUAAGAGUUUAUUAAUUAUAUAAAUCAUAAUAAAAUAUUAAAAUAAUUACCUUUAAUAUUUAUUAUAUUUCAUGAUUAUUAGAAUUUUUAUCUCUUAAAAUAAUUAUUAAAUAACUUAAAAAAUAAUUUAUCAUUUCAAUAAUUAUACUAAGUGCCAAAUUAUUUUAUUCUAUCUGUUUAUUGAUUUUUAAUCAAAUUUUUGCCAGGACUUAACAAUUUUUUUGGUAACCCCGAAAAGUCAAAUUGAGUACCUCAAUACUUACAAAUUUAUGAAAUUUUAAGUAUUAGAAAACGAGUUAAAUAAAUAAAUUCUUAAAUUAGUUUUUUAUUUAAAACCAUAUAGAAACUCUUUGUAUUGUGAUGUCUUGUUUAAAGCAAUUUUUAUUUAGGCGUUGAUUAUUUUUUAUUCAUGUUGUACUUUUUUAAACUUAUAUUAUUAAUUAAUGUUCUCUUGUUAGUGAUUACUUUAUUAUUAAGAUACCAACCUUUUGUAUUUAAGUAUCAGAAUAAUAUUUAAUUACUAUGUUAUUUAAUGAAUAGUAAUGAAAUAUUCUACUUUUUAAAUUUACUCAAUUUAUUUUUUAUUCUUAAAUCCCAAAUGUAAAGUGUUUAAUAGUUUAUUUUCAAACGCUUUAGUUUAUGCGUUAAUAAGAUUUAGUCUACUGGACAAUCAUGUCUAUAAUAUUAAAUUGUUAUCCGAAAAAGUUGUUAGUGUUUAUAAUAUUAUUAUAAACUUUUUUUAUCAAUUGUACUAAAUUUUGUUAAAUUAUUAAAAGGUACAAUGACUGUAAAACUAAUUGGCUGAAAAAGCAAUAUUUUAUUAUAUUUUAGUGAGUAUAAUCAAAUUGAAAAAUUUCAUUUUAUUUUGUCAAAUUUUAUCUUUAUAAAUUAUACUUAUAAUUUAUUUGGCUCAAAUUUAUUUUAAUUUUAAUGAUCUUACAUAAUUGUUAGAUUUAUUUACUUUUCGAUUCUCUUGUUUGAUAAGCAUGAAUUGAUUUUUAAGUAUUACGUCUGUAGCCAUUUUAAGAUUAAGAUUAAUUUUCAACCGUAUGUUAGUGUACGCAUUUGAUUAUAUUGUC